CGCCUCCACUACACCAGCCAGGCAGCAGCCCCCAACGACUGGCUCGCCGCUCGCGAGAACCCGAGUCUAUUUCUGCACGCGCUUCCAGGUUUUAGCUGCAGCGGCAUCAGGGCAGGGGGAGAGCAAAAGCAAUAGUUCUGUUCUACUGGAGGAAGAGCAGGGAGCAAGAUGGGGUCCGGAUCUUUCCUCAAGGUGCUGGCCAAUAACUUCGAUGUCCUUGCCGGGCCACUCAUAUCACUUGCUUAUCCUCUAUAUGCUUCUGUUAGAGCUAUAGAGACAAAAAAUCCUGUAGAUGAUCAGCAGUGGCUCACUUACUGGGUGUUGUACUCGUUUAUCACUUUGUUUGAGCUAACUUUUGCUCCAAUUAUCGAGUGGCUUCCAUUUUGGUCGUAUGCAAAGCUGUUCUUUAACUGCUGGUUGGUCUUGCCUUGGUUCAAUGGUGCUGCCUAUGUUUACGACCAUUUUGUGCGGCCAAUGUUUGUGAACCGCCAAAUAGUGAACAUAUGGUACAUUCCAAGAAAUGAGAAGCUAGGUAAAUCUGAUGAUGUUCUGUCAGCUGCAGAGAGAUAUAUUGAACAAAACGGACCAGAAGCAUUUGAGAAGCUCAUCAGCAAGUCUACGAAGUCUUCGAAGUCAAGGAACACAAAGCGGUUGAACUUGGAGGAUGGAGAGGCUGAAAAUCGAGCUAAAGCCGAGAGAGAAUCGUGGGGCGAAAAUCCCUUCUACGACAAAAACUACAGAUACUAAACCAGUUCAAAAUCCACUCAGCAGUUUGAAGAUGACCUUGCUCACGAGCCUCAUGCAAGCUAUAGUUGCGUCGGACUGAAGACGACAUUCCCAUAUUUCUGACUCUGAAUAUUGUACCUUGUUACAUCCACUGCUACUACAUAAUGAUGAGUUCUAGAGCAAUUGUGGACUGUGUAAAUGGAGGUAGAUGCUAGCGUUAAUCGUUUAUGUGCUUUUUGGAUGGUGUCCUUAUCACCCGUUUUACUACAUCUUUAGCAAGGAGCGAGCCUUGAUUUUCAGUUUGGCUUUCGUAUUUUUGUAAUUGAAUGCUACUUUUAGAUAACUGAAAUAUGAGGGAGUUCGAGCUUCUAUG